UAACCAACGUUAAAACGAAGCAGUUGUCCACACUUGUCUGUGUUCGAAGAAGUUGAAUUUCAUCGACCUUUUGAUAUGAGUUCUACUGAAGAAAAUGGAGUAGUGGCCUCAGAGCCGAAGCCGGUAAAAUGCCUCGAUCUUCGUCCGUCUUUCCUUUUGUAAAAAGUUCUGAAGCACAGAAUUUGGUAUAUCUGAUUUUGGACUAUAUUUUUCCAGAAUAGCGAAUCUCAUAUGGACGCCGCAGAUCGCCCGGAAGUGUGCGAUACUACGAGUAAAACAUCCUCAUCAGAUUUACAAACUAAUGGAAAAGCCUUGCAAAGUACGGAUACGACGACAAAAAAGACUGAAGCCAAGCCAGUAAAAAGCAAUAAGAAGCUUAAAGAAGAGGAGAAAAAGCUUAGUAAGUCUUUGCUUCAUACGUGUCUUAGGAUAUCGCUUUCUAACAACAGUUUUCUGUCUUCGUGCACGAGCUAAUAAGCUUUAAAUGUUUUAGUUUCUGCAGUCAUGUUGCGUGAGGCUUAUUGACAUUGCAUACGAUAAAUGCAUAUAUUUUCAGAGUUGCUUUUUAAGUCUUUUGAGGAUGUGGAUAAUCCAGAAUCAAAACUUGACGCCCUUGGUAGAAAGUACUUACAAUUGGUAAGAACAUUUAUAAUUUUAACUAAAAUUUAACCUCUCCCCUGAAGAUUGUUCAUUUAGCUAGGAUUUUAAAAGCAAAUUAGUUAAUCCGUUUAGCAAACUGACAAGAAAAUAAUUAUACACGAACUGAACAGAAUUAUAAUAAGCCAAUCUAUGCCAAUUGGUUACGUUGCGUCAUGUUUAUAGUCUGUAAAUUUUACCUCCCAGUAGAACGAAAAUAAUAUUCUACGUUACUACUUGGUUCAGUGUCUUAAAUAACGCACAUCAAAAGUAGCGGUAAAUAUCAACUAACACAAACGAAGCGUUUCGUCUAAUACAAGUUAUUUGCAUGAUAUUGUAGACUUUUCAUGUCUGUUAUAUUGUCCUGAAGUUUUUCCCUCCCAAGGUCCAGGGUAUGAACAGAAAGUUCUGCUUUAAUAUGUUCAAGAUUCUUUUAAAUUUAGCCAAUCUUUUAUGCUCAGGAGUGACAGCAAUAUUUUUGGUCAAAUUUACAUAAUGUAUUACUGUUACUUACAUGUACACAUAGAUAUUAUGUCACUACAAAACUCCUGAAGAGUGCACUUUUAGCAGUGUUGAUGCUGAUGUUAAUUGGUACAUGUACAAUGUACACCUGACUAAUUAAUAUUAUUAUUCCUCGAGCCCCAAUGGGCUCUGAGGCAAUGUCGGCCUCAUGGGCUAUUGACUCAGAGACCAUGAGGGCGAGAGGAAUAAUUGUUUUAGUAAAAUCCAACUACAGUAGUGGGUCAAAAAUAUCGAGAAUAAAAAAAUUUUAGCUAGUUAAAGGUAGACUUUAAUUCUUUUUUGCCGCCAAAAACCCUGCGUUUUUUGCUACUAGUGGGCUAUACAUGUAACAUAUAGCCUAGUAUUAGCUCAACCAAUCAGAACGCAGCGUUGUCUGGCAAAUUAGGCAUAAACCAUGAAAUACAUGAUCUGAAAUUUUUUGGGGGGAGGGAAUACUGUAUUCUCAGUUUUUAAAAUAUUAAAAACCAGCAUUAACCAGCAUUUUCAUCUCCAUACCUUAUUUUUUCUGAAAAUGUGUCAACGGCUUGUAAACAUUGCCAAGAUGUUCCAGCAACUUCAAAAGAUUGCCAAAGAGCUAGAAGACAUUUCAACAUUGCUUCCAAAUGUUGCCAAAGAUGUCAAAAAACUUUUAAUAUUAAAUUGUAACUUUUUAGAAAACAUCAUUUUUGCUAUUGUAAGUGAUAGACUUUACUACAAUUUCCUUUAAGUAAAGCAAUUUAAUUGUUCUCUUGUAUGAGGACCAGGUUUUGUUUACUGCUGCAGAGAGACAGCCAAAAUUUUAUACUUGGUGACAUUUAUUUAUCACUGGUGCCACAUGAAGUUGCCAACAAAGCAAUGGAACACUGGCUUUUCUAAAGCUCCAAUAAAGUUAAUAUCAUUUAACUUGAUAUUUACAUGCAUUAUUCCAUUUUCUAAACAUUCAAUAUGGUCAGGAUUUUCAGCUUUUUUAUGAGGCUUCAUAUCUAAAGGAGAUAAUGAUUAUGUGAUAUUAUCUUUUUGUCUAAAAGGUAGCAGAUCAUAGAACCACUGAAGCAAGAAAAGAUGAAUUAGAGAAGAGAAUAGAAAAGGUUAACCAGUCACUAUGAUUAACAAUAAAAUGAGCCUCAAAAAUUGAGUAUUGUAUAUUUCAAUAGUCAAUGAGGUGUGUAUUGCUGAGGUAGCUAUUAAUUUGACUCUUAAGCCCUGUUCACACUACAACAAAAACUAGAGUUACUUUGGUGUUUGCAAAAAAAUUUGAAAUUUUUUUAAUCACCAAUGUUUCAUUUUUGAAAACUUGUUUGCAUCAGAGAGACAAGAAAUUUUUUGUAUAACCAGCAACUUUAAUUCAAGGGACUUGGUCAUGUUUAGAAAAUUAGGUGACCCAGUGAAGGACAGCUGUCAAGAAACACAGAAUCUUGUCACUUGACAAAAAAAUGUUGGCCUUCAAAUAUUCUCCAGGACAUCUUUGAAGUGUGGUGACAGUUGAGAAAAUUUUGGCAGGCAAGAGAAUCAUUUGCACCAUAAAUGGCUUCCUGUUGACAGAGUGUUUUUGCAAAACAAACAAAAUUUUGCAAAGGGGGCCUUAGCAAAAUGAGAACAAGUAGUCUAAUUGUUUCUUACAGUUUUUGUGGUGUUCCUGCAGGUUUUCAUAGUCUAACAAGAGUUUCAAGGGAAGAUUAACCUUUUUUGUUUCUUUAAUUUUUAAUAAACAGGUUGUGAAGGAAAGGGAUCACCUGCAGUCAGAAUAUAAUAAAGCAAGUCUGGCCAAAAGCAAACUGGAAAGUCUUUGUCGUGAAUUACAACGUCACAGUAAACUUGUCAAGGUGAAGAAUGGUUAUGAAAUUCUAAGAGGAGAGUACUGAGGGCUCAAAAAUACCCAAUCUGGGAAUACUUUGUAAAUUAAAUUUUCUUACAGAGUAAUUAAGUAACUUUUUAAUGUUCAUCUCACUUGCCCAGUGGGCAAGGGUCUAGGUAAGUCAUUACUUCAUUAUUAAGCAGAGCUGUUGUCCAAAGAAAAAGCUAGUAGAAUACAAGUAUUUAUCAAGCCCUAGGGUUGCAUUUUUUGUUAAAUAAAUAUACCAGACAUACUAAUACAUGUAAUUUACAUUUUAUACCUUAACAACAAUAAUAAGAUAUAAUGUAGCAGUAAUAUGCUUUAGUCAUGCCACAGUCAUAAAGGUAAUUUAUUUCUUUAAUUUUAUCAGCCUGAAGGUGAUUUAACUUUCUCCAUCUCAGGGAAAGAGUCACACCUAUCUUACCCUGCAAAUGCUCAGGUCCCUUGACCCCAACCAUUAUCCACAUUUACCACACUAUGGCUUACUAUUCUCCACCUCACAUUCAUUACAUGCAUUUAAUAUGGUUCCUUCCACAUGUGCACUGUAAUUCAAGUAUUUCAUGUAAAUUUUCUUGCAUAAAACAUCUGAGUAACAGUUUUUUUAUUGGUUGUUCCUUUGACAGGAAGAGAGCCAAUUACGAAUCCAAGAAGAGGAAGCCAAGCGAAAGGAGCUUUCAGAAAAGUUUCAAACAACAAUCAAUGAUAUCUCAGAACAGAUGCAAGAAAAUUACAAGGCCAACCAACAGUUGAAGAAUGAGAACAAUGAGUUAGUAAAACUGAGCAUUUGUAAUAUUACUGACCUGUACUUUACACAUUGGAGGUGUGUGUGUCUGAGUAGUUAACACCUUGAACUCCGGAUCUGGAGGUCUGGGGUUCAAGCCUUGCCAGUCGUGUUGUUUCCUUAGACAAGAAACUUUACUCCACUUUGUCUCUCUUCACCCAGGUGUAUAAAUGGGUAUCGGUGACAUCUGUUGGGGUGUAACCCUCCGAUAGACAAGCAACCCGUCCGGGGGGAGUAGCAGUACUCCAAGGCAUGCUUCAUGCUAAUGAAACCAGGAUGAGCUCUGUCUGUUUGGGCCUUAGGCCCUUGUGUGUGCCUUUACUUUUUUGUGUGCUUUACACGUUGGGAAUGUCUUUCCCUGUCUUGUUAUCAAUCCAAGCAUUAAUAUUAGAAAUUCCAACUCUAAAAGAAGAAACUUGUUCUUUUUGGUUUGCCGUGACUUAACUGUCUUUUUUGUGUCUGCCAAGAACUGAAUAAGUUUUCCUGGUACCAGACUCUCAUGAAAAAUUCAGUUCUACAGACAUUCUUCACUGUCUGGUCAACCCUGCCAGUUGAUCCAAUGUGCAUGAUUUGGUUUUUUGGCCCCAGAAAAGAAUCAGUAAUGAUUUUUCACAUUCCAUUUUGUUUGCUCAAGUAAUACCUCAACAGCUGGCUUUUCCAGUUUUUGUUUAAAACUGAUUUUACCCUUUACAGCCAGUAGCCCUUUAUUUAGUAGCCCAGAAACUGGGACCUUUUUGUAAAUCACUAGGACAGGGGAUAGCAACUCAUUAGGAGACUCCUAAUCAAAUCAGGAGGGUUGGAAUCUUUGUUGUAUACCUGAUUCAAUAAAGAAUGCUUUGGCAAUUGGUCUUUGGCCUUCCUUUUUUUUUACAUCCUCUUUACAUGAACCUUGUGACUUUCUUAAGGGUAUUAAAGUAGGCAAGUUUUAGAUUAUUGUUACUGUGUAGUUUUGGUGCUGGGUAUUUUUAAACAUUUGAUGUUUAGCAAGUAACUUGUUGAUUUUACUGUUGUUAUGUCUUUCUGUUUUAUUGUACAGUCUUGCUGCCAGACUUAAAGGACUAGUUGAGCAAUAUGAAGUUCGAGAGGAGGUAAAAUGAGUUUUAAAAAGUGUGAUAAAAGUGAAUAAGUUUGUUGUUGUUAUCCAUUUCACAAGCUGAGGUAACAUCAGUAUGGCAAAACUGAUUUGCAACAUGCAUUAAUAUUAUUUACUAAGGAUGCAAUUAACAAAAUCUAAGGCAUACAGUUUUGAAAUAUUAUUAUUACUUUUUGAUAUGAAUAGUUAUCAAUGAUUUAUUAUUUGUUUAUUUGCUACAUUUUGUACUUGUGCACACUGUUUUUGAAACAAUUAUGGUGAGGAUCAAAUUGUUAUUGUUCUUAUAACAUAAUUAUUGAUACAUUUAUGGCCUGCAUACAGACGUGUGGAAAUAGGAAACAUCUGCAAGCAGUAAUGCAACAUUCAACAAAGUUUAUAAUUUACAGCCCAUAAUGGAAGUACGAUAAUGUAGAUUCAGUUGGAAUUCUUUUCAGGAAUUGCAAGCUAGUCACUUCAUUAUAAGUCUGCCUGUAGAAGGGGUUAGAGCAGUAUAUAAAUCUUCGUUUUUUUUGUGUUGAAAUAGAACUAAACUACAGGGACAUAAAUACAUGUAGCUUUUUUCUCUUUUUUUUUUUCUAAAAGCAUGUAGAAAAAGUAUUUAAACACAAGCAACUGGAGCUUCAGUUGGCAGAAGCAAAGAUGGCUCAGCAACAUUUGCAAUUUGAUGAGGACAAGAAAAAGACUUUGUCAGAAAAUCAAAUAGUAAGUAAUAUUCUUUGUGAGCCAGUUGUCAUUCAGAAGUUGGUUUCUCAGAAAAAGUUGGACGUGAAUCGCGUAGUGUCCACAGUCUCCCUUUUUUGCUUUUCUUUUUAACAUUAAAAAACUUGAUUGAAUGAUACAGCUGAAAUUGCCUGUGAGUGAUUCUUGGUUUCCGCCAGGUUUUUCAUAGUAAUUUUGUGUGUUUUUUCCCUUUUGUACCGAACAGUGUCUGUAUUAUUUUAUUUUAUUUUUAUUUUUAUUUUUAUCGCUCACCUAGUUGAUUAAACAAGCUCAAGAGUACAAGAAGCAGUGUGAACUUUUAACCAAACAAGAAACAGAGAUGAAAUCCCAGGUAACUAACACUUACCGGUUACAUUGCUUUUGUUAUUUAUAAAUAAAUAAAAAAAAACUAAAGUGUCUUUAUUGUUCCAAAGAUAAAAUUAAAUAUCUUAUGUUCAAUUUAAAUAAUGUUAAUGGGGUAAAGUAUGUCUCUAAAUGAGAUUGGUAUAUACAUAGAAAGAAAUACAAAAAUCGAAUACAGAAAGUACACUAUUUACAAAGCUACAUUAUACUUGAAGACAAUUCUAUUAAAGAAUGUAUUCUUAAAGCGGUUCGUGUGAAUGGCGGGCAUUGCGGGAGAUUUAUUCCUUUAGUUGUAUCUUGUAAUCUUAGUCUCAGGGAAGUUAGCUCUAAGAGGGUGGUUCGGGAUACUAGAAACCUUCCUACAAAUUCUAUGAUCUUGCACUUUAAGUAAUUUACUUCCAAGAGCACUAUAAAUUAACAAUAUGGAGGGGAACUCAAGACUAUUGUUACCCAUCAAAACCCAUUAGAUAGAGAUCUGCAUUGGCUGUGGGUAUUCUAAUUUUUUUGAGAAAAAUCUGCUGGUAGUCUCUUUCCAAUACAAGAGCACUUUCUGGUGAUUAUGUAGCAAAAAAAUCAGAUUUUCCACUACUCCCUUUCUAUAUGCUGAUACACUGUUGGUAAUAAGUGCAUCAGACUUUUAAACAGAUAAACAGCCUGCAUGGCAACAGAGAGCCCUGGCACGCCUUGCAAAUCAAAUUAAUUUUACUUUCUACUUCUCCCUUUUACUGGAAUGUGUAUUUUCAUUGCAGCUGGCUAUGUAUGCAGAGAGAUUUGACGAAUUUCAGAAAACUCUUAACAAGAGCAAUGAAGUGUUUUCAACUUUUAAGAAAGAAAUGGAUAAGGUAACGGUUAAAAACAUUAAUUAAAAAAACAUACUGUUUUACAUCAUAUACUUUAAAUAUGUGUACCGUGUUAGUCCUUUAGGUUGAUUGUUAUUAAUUUUGGGUCGUAUUAAAAUGUAAUCACCAGCAAUGAAAGUAGCCUUUGAUACGUUUCGUACACAUGUAGGUUACGCGCGCGACACGAUUCGCGUUUCGCGUCUCUCGAGAGGGUAGCUACUUACGUCGAGUGGAGCUUUGGAAGUAUAUGCCCUAUAUUUGCAUCCUACAAUCCUAAAUGUGCGUAAUUUUGUCCCUUUUUACUGAAAUAUUGCGGGGUUUUCUGACACGGCUCCUGCUGGGCGACUUUAACCAGGGCGGAUAAAGGUUGGGCGGUGAAACGAGCGCUCCGCUCUUCAUUUAAUGUGUGAUGCGGAGUAGGACUGGCACGAGCGCUCUUUCCGCGCUUCCGGUGCGCUUGAAGGCCGGCGGAAUUUUCCUUUUUGGAAACCGGAAAUCCUAUUUUCUUUCUGUAAUUUCAGGCUACAAUGUUAAAAAGAUAAAUUCGUUUCAUAACAAUAUCAAUAAACAGUUUCAUAUGUUUGUGUCUGUAAGUCUAUAAGUCAAACUUGUUUGUCGUAUAAUGCCAAAAUUUGAGUUUAAUUUGAAAGUGUUGAAUACCUCCUCCUUCCACUAAAUAUCACCUAAUCGUCUUUCGCCGUUUCGUUUGCAAAAGCUUAACACUUCUUAACCUCAAUUUUUACAUAUGUUAAAGGGGGAUAAAUUUUAUAUAACAUAGCAAAAGAUUAGAUUGAUAUAUAUUGAUAUAGUGGCGUUGUACCUCUUCAAACUUUGCUUCUCGGGUGCAACGGUGGUGCAACGCGCCAUGGCGAUUCGCACAAUGCGUUGCAAAUCUGGCAACCGCAUGUAAACAAAAUUUAUUGAGGUUAGUUGUAAGGUUUUUUCUCCGUUUUUCUCUCUAAAACAAAACAGGGUAAACAGUAAAAACUGAGGGGAAACUAAUUUUGAAGUUUUGAAGAAACAGAAAGACGUAUGAGAUGUUUUUUUCAAAAUUAAAAAGAAGGAUGAUGGUGAUUGAAAUUUGCAUAAUUUCACCUUGCACGAGCUGCACGCAUUUAUAAAAUACACGUCAUCUAGUUAUGAAACACGAUCUGCUGUCUUUUAGUUUUGCCAUGGAUGACAUGGAUGAGAUUUUCCUUCGUGUUUUAGACAGUACUUAGUUGUUUUUGUUUUUGGAAUAACAUCGACAUUGGCGAGUAGCAGAACGAAAAUAUAAUUUAGUGGUAGAGUCAUGGAAGUAAUAAAAGAAACCCUUUGAAAGGGAUGUUUGUCUACUCCAACUAAACCUCCCGCAAAAAAUAGCAACAUUUGCCUCUCGGAGACAGCGUACCAGCACAAAGGAACGAGGAAGAAGUACAAGAAAACAAGUCAAGCCGCCAUAAUUCAGUGACAGCGGCAGUGUCUAAUGUACAAACCACAUCGCAAGCCCUGACCGAAGUCGAAAACAAGCGACAGCUCUAAGCAGAGUUCCAGUCCACUGCAUCACACCUUUUUGCUCGGACGCGCUCGUUUCACCGCCCAACCUUUAUCCGCCCUGACUUUAACUUUUUUAGACUCGCGUGUGAACCCUCGACUUCUUUGGUAAUCUUAAAAUCUGAAUUCUAAUAUGCUAUUGAGCAAAGUAUCAAGUCGAUCACACGAUAUUUGCUGACGUCUGAUAUGAUGUGUUAACACUGAAAAUUUCAGUUUUUAUUACCAAGAUUAAAGUGAUGUCUACUAUCGAAUUGCGAAGGAAAAGGUGAAAACGUUGAAAAUUUGUGGAAACAGUGCGCUAUCAUGACGUCAUACUAGGUUUUGUGAUGCGGCUCGUCCAGAGAGUUUGGCGGGAAACAAUUUACUCGCUGUGUGUGACGCCAUGCCCUUAAAGUAGCCAAUGAGAGCAGGUGUUGUUAAAAAAUGAAAAUUUCAGGUACAAUCAAUGGUAGUACCAGUGAUAGCGAAUAAGUUGUGUGGUUUUCUGAUAUGCUUGUUUUGAAUUGCUUCUUGCAGAUGACGAAGACGAUUAAGAAACUAGAAAAGGAACGAAAUACGUGGAAAUCAAAGUGCGAGAGCAGCAAUCACUCUUUAGUUCAAAUGGUGGACGAAGUGAGUGAAGUUAUUCACUUUUAAUUGAGUAAACUCGUUCACUCCCAAGGGGUGCUUAUGUCGGCAAAUAACAGUCGGCCAUACGACAAUGUCCUACUAAAAUUUGCGAAUGUCCGACGAAUCAUACUGAUCAAAACCCCGAGAUUAUCAUUUUGAGGCUGAUCAUUUGCUUAGUAAUUAAAGAAAGAGUCAACAUACUGUCUGUCCGUCUGACCACUCUUCUGUUUUGUCUGGCUAAAAAGGUGACUGGUUCGACAUUUGUCCUUUCUAGAAAAGCCAAAUUAUUAUUUGCUUGCUUAUUGCUUGUACUUUAGGGAUUUUGACUUUACAAGGAUAUUAAUUGUUCGUUGUGUUUUCUAAUAUUGAUCUUUGCAAUUUUUUGUCUCCUUCUGCCAGCGCGAAAAGCUGAAGAACGAAGUUUCUGCAUUACGUGCCAAGAAUGAAAAGCUUGAAAAUCUUUGCCGUGCCUUGCAUAAAGGAGCAAAAGAGACGAGCACAGAUAUGGAUCAGGUAUGAACGCUUAAAUCCGUAUUAAUUGUCAAUCUUCCUUUAGUUCCAAAACUUUAUUCAUCAGAGCAAAGAAGUGAUAAAGUCACCAAAACUGAAGUGUGGGAUGGUGAGUAAGAACAUGAUGAAAAAUACCCACCUGCAAUGCCAAAAAUCAUUGGGUUACUGUAAUCUGGUGGUGAGAUAUAAACGUCGUUAUCCCCUGAUAAAUCAUUACAAAAUUGGCGUGGAUCGUAAAGCGUACUAACCAAAUAAAAUUUAGAGGGAUUUGUAUACAGUCAUAAGAGCUAACGCACUGAUUUUUGCGGGAAAUGGGCAAUUUUCUUCACUUUCUUUCUAAACAUCGCAAUCAAUCCCAUAAUUUCGCAAAUUCGAAUUUUUGAUUUUUUUGUGACGUCACUUUUCUUUGCUAAGAUGACGUAUUAGGCCGUGAAAUGGGCUUACAUAGCUUAAGCCCCAUUUACAUCAUCAAAAUUCAUUUACAUGAAAAAGAAUAUGUUUUAAAAAUUUAUAUAUUUGAAUUGCGGACGGACGAUUUACGAAAUAGGACUAUCACAGACAUCAAAGCUACAGUAAGACAGAUUUAGCAAAGACAACGCGACGUCAAAUGAUAACGUAGAAGCGCGCGAAUGGGAAUGACCCCAACUUUCUGCCGCUUGACUUUUUGAUGUUUCGAUCAUCAUUGUCAAGAGUGAGAAAUGUUAAGUUUCAUAGUUGUUAAAGAGUUCAAGCUCAAAUUUGUCGAUCGGGAGGCAUAAAUAAUUAAUGAAACGACAUGGGGUUGAGAAGCCAACCCUUACGGACGGUCCUUAAAAAAUGCGGAAAUGAAUUCGAAUGCCAUGUUUACGAAAAUGCUAUUUAUGCAAGAACUCAAAUCGUCACUGAACAUUCAACUGGACUCGAUUCGCCCGACAUCUACUUUAUAUAGUGAAGCAUGCACGAACGCAAUUCAAACUUCAACUCUUUUAACAACUUUGAAACUUCACAUUUCUCACUCUUGAUAAUGAUGUUCGAAACGUCGAGUAACGUUCUUAAGUUUAAUUUUUCCCGUUUAAUGUUGAAAGUGAGGCUUAGAUUGGAUUCGAACCCAUGACCAUGCGAUACCCGGCGUUACAGCGCUCUGCAGGGGCCGGUUGCUCGAAGCUUGGUUAGCGCUAACCGUUGGUUAAGAGGUAUCAAAAUGUAUAGGUUUCCAUGGUAUUUAACGCUGGUUAGCACUAACCAUGCUUCGAGCAACCCGGGCCAGACCAACUGAGUUGUCAGUGAAGGUAACGGUAGCUGAAGACAAGAACGCCAUCAGAUCCUAUUUAAAUAAAACUAAUAAUGGUGAAAUGUUCGCGUUAAUUAAAGUUUUACCGCCUGACUCACCUUUUGGUAGAUAACAGUGUAGCUGUUAAAUUUCAUGUGAUUUCGGAGCAGCUAGUAGGAGCGGAGGAAAAUUCAGCUGUUUACUGACGAAUAUUUUCAUUGUUCCACUAGACGAAGGGAGCUAAUGCUGCACAGAAAAGUAAUGAAAAGACUUCUUCGUGUCCCGUAGUUGAUAAAAACAGCGAAAGACGCGAGCUUAAUUCAAACGCAGAAGCAGAUAUGAUUCAGAAUACACAAACUCAAGAAGCAUCACCACAAGAAGUAGAAAACGAAAACGGAGUACAUGACGGGGAAAACCAGCACUCAGAAGAAGGAUCCGAGGGUACUGGAAGCGUGGAAUCAGGAAAUAAUCCACAAGUUCCCACCAAAGAAAACAGUCAUGAUUCCGAAGAUUUCCCGAGUAAUGCCGAUACACCGAGUAAUAACGAAGAAGACGCACCCAAUUCGGAAAAUAAAUCGAAGGAAAAUGUUUCGAGCGUAACUGAUAAUUCGAAGAACGAAACUAACACGCCUGAUGGCGAGGCAAGUUAGCUAUAUUAUGGUCAUCUCUAGACUUAAACUGGUUAAAAUGCUUUGGGACAUAAUUGUUAUUAGUCUUGUAAACUUUUUAUAAGUUUUUGAUAGUUAAAAUGUUAGUAAAUAUUACUACUAAAAACUUUAGGUAAUUUUAAUAGCCUGUCUGGUGCUAUAAUCGUCUGGGUAUAAAAUAUGCUCCUUUUGAUAGAAAGAACGGAAAAAUUGACGUGUUCAGUACAGCGCGUGAUGUACAGUUAUUAAGAACUCUUUGUCUCUUCCUUGGUCCGAGAGCCUUACACUUAAAAGAAAAAAUCCCGCGGUGAACUUUGGGAAGAGUAGGCCUUUCCGCUGUUUUCCUCUUACCUUGUCCCCCGUGCGGCGACUUUGGAAUAAUUUAUUUCUCUGUGGAAGAAGGACUAAGGGUUGGAAGAUUUUUCGAAAUAUUUCCUGAAUAUUUUUCAUACCCAGAUGAUUUUACUAGAUACUGUAGACUACUUUUCUAUGAGAUGCAGAAAUAUGUUUUGGAUGUUUUUAGAGUGACGUAUUUUUAUCGGGAGUGGAUAAUUUUGGCCUGUUGCACUUAAUAAAGCAUAACUUAGCACAUAGAAUGGAGUUUUUUUCUGAUGAGCUGCGACGAACUGAAACCAAGGACACGCAAGCAUGCAUUUAAAGCACGCAAUCGAAAUGGCCAGAUGAGAUUAUUUUCAACAGGCAACUAACACAAACCGUGGACUACUAUAUGAUUAACCCUUUAAGCCCUAGGAGUGAUCAGCAUGAAAUUUCUCCUUAUAAUAUCAAUACUUUAGAAAACAUAGUGGUCUUGAGAAUUGAGUACAUGAUCAGGGAAGAUGAGUCUAAUUGAUAUUUCAACAAAUUCUCCUCAAUACUUCUAUUGAAUUAUAUAGGGACAGUAAAUGAGAAAUUUUAAUUUUAAUAUCAGGGUUCAAAGGGUUAAUGAAGUUUAAUAUGUGAGUUUUUUGCCCAAUUCUUUGACCGACAUUAGUGUUUGAUACAAAGAUCCUAUUGAUUUCAGCCUGGAUCGAACCCUAAACUCCUGGGAAGACCCAUAUAGACGCAACAUUGACUGUAUCUGGGUUCAACAUAGUUAAGCCAAUGCUGGUAAUCCGUUAGAGGUCAGUAAUUUGAUAGUUGUUCGCCGCCGUUGGACCCAAGAGCAGGCG